AUGAUUGCGAGUGAGAAGGACGCGCCGCCACAAGCACUAUUUCCAUGCGACCUCAUAUAUGAAAUCCUGUUGAGGCUCCCUGUGAGAUCUCUUUUGCGAUACAGGUGUGUGUGCAAGCAAUGGGAGUCCAUGAUCUCCGAUACCCACUUCGCAAAAUUGUACCUUUCUAUGUCCACCGUGGAUCCAACCUUGACCCACCACCGGUUGCUGGUACACACCGGAUACGGCAACGACGAGUUAGCAUCUUGCUCCGCGAAAUCACUGUUUAACAACCCAUUAACCCUUACUGAGGAUGUUGACUUCACCAUGAGGAGCAAUUACCGAAUCGCUGGGUCCUGCAAUGGGUUGGUGUGUUUGAUUGAUCUUAGUCAAAACAAUGCCUGGUUGUGGAACCCAUCUACAAGGCUGUUGUCCAGAAAAACUCCGUCUGUGGAUGUACAUGGUGUUGAGUUUGCCUUGUUUCGAGGUUUUGGUUAUGAUCAUGUGAGUGGCAAGUACAAGGUGGUUAUUGUUUUUACUGAUCCCUGGUGUAAUGAAGAAGAGCACAGAACUGAGACCAAAGUUUAUGCAUUUGGUGAUGGAUCUUGGAAAACAAAACGGAAUUUGAAAUUCCCUGGUUAUCCCAGUAAUGAGGAGGGAAAAUUUGUGUGUGGCAAUUUGAAUUGGGUGGCAAAAAGAGGUAAAUCUAUUAAGCGUCCUGAAUGGGAAAUCCUUUCUUUUGACCUGGGAAAGGAUACAAUUAGCAAUGUGUUGCUUCCUGAUUUUGGUGAUGACAAUGUUCUUUACCUUGAACAAGCUGUCUUGAAAGACUGCCUUUGUGUUUGUUAUAAUAGCUAUGGAAAAACCCAUUUGGUUGUGUGGCUAAUGAAGGAAUAUGGUGUUAAAGAGUCAUGGAUUAAAUUUAUGGCAAUCCCUCGUGCGGAUCAUCGGAUUGGUUCGUUUCGUAAAACUGACAUAAAUCCAUGUUGCAUAUCAGAAAAGGGUGCGAUUCUAUUGUAUACGGAUCAUGGACCAGCUCUGUAUGACCCGAAGGUAGACAGAUUGGAGUAUCCUGAUGUUCAGAGACACAGAUUUUGGUAUGAGCGAUGCAUUUACGUUGAGAGUCUGGUCUCACCAUAUUUUUGA